CCAGUCCACAUUUCUGUACAUCAGGUCAGAGGUCUACACAGACAGAGUCUGCGAGAUAACCUCCCUGUGAUCCCAUCACCUGAGAGAGACCCUGGGAGUCAUGGACAGCAUCCUCAUGCAGAGGAGACUCUUCCUGUACAACUUCAGGAACCUGCGCAAGGCCAAGGGCCGGCGCGAGACCUACCUGUGCUAUGUCGUGAAGCGCCGGGACAGUGCCACCUCCUGCUCCCUGGAUUUCGGAUACCUGCGCAACCAGAUGGGCUGUCACGUCGAGGUGCUCUUCCUGCGCUACAUCGCAGCCUGGGACCUGGACCCGGGCCGCUGCUACCGAAUCACCUGGUUCACCUCCUGGAGCCCCUGCUACGACUGCGCCCAGCACAUCGCCAGCUUCCUGCGCUCCUACCCCAACCUGACCCUGCGCAUCUUCAUGGCCCGCCUCUACUUCUGCGAGGACCGCAAGGCAGAGCCCGAGGGGCUGCGGCGCCUGCACAAGGCGGGGGCACAGAUCGCCAUCAUGACCUUCAAAGAUUACUUCUACUGCUGGAACACAUUUGUGGAGAACAGGGAGCAGGCAUUCAAAGGCUGGGAAGGGCUGCAUGAAAACUCUGUCCAUCUUGCCAGGAAACUUCGACGAAUCCUCCUGCCGCUGUAUGAAGUAGAUGAUUUACGAGAUGCUUUCAAACUUCUGGGACUUUGAAGUGAAAGUCGUCCGCAAUCAGAAGAUUUCACAAACACUUGUUCUUUGAUUCGCAUCUCUCUCCCUCACAACAGAGUUGAUUUACAACUCUCUCCUUUUCUCCUCUUCCCUUCUUACAUCACUCUUCCUUCCGCCCCUGUGUCUAGAGAUAAGACUGUCCUUACUUUUUAUUUCCAAGGAGAAUUAGGCUGAUCUUGUGAAGACACCUUCCCCAGGCUCACACCUUAUCCACUGCUAACUGGGAAUAGCCAGGACUGCAGAGAGUGAUUUGCCUCCCCUCAGUCCCUGCAGAGCUAAUCCAGGUGAUCCACUAAAUGGAGCUCUGGGUUUAGCCUUGCCCUGGUGGGAGCAGACAGCCUGCAAAGCUGUUUGUGUGACUGUGUUCUCACUGGCUCUGUGCUGACCUGCACAUUCAUGAAGGCUUCAGGGAGCACAGUUUUUGACUCUUGGAGCUGCACUAUGCUCAGCUGCUCUGUGUUCUCCCCUGUGAAAUGGUUUAUUUUUCCUUCUGGAUGUUGAUAGGAAGUUGAAAACUGUCACGACUGAAGCGGUACAACCUAUGUAUUAACAGCAAAGUUGGCCAGCUACUGGAAAGCUCAGCUGAGAGUGUUGAAGCAAGUCCUUGACAGCCCAGGUAGCUCAGCCAGAAAACCUCACUUGAAGCCAGCAGGUCUGUCUAAUGGAUGUGUGCAGAGCAGCACAGCCUUCACUGUGUGCAGUGCUCUUCACCCACUGAGCAUUCCCCCCAGACCAGACGUGCAGUAUGCUCCCUUCCCCAGCCAAAUGCUUCUGCUGGAGGCUCCUUGACAGUCCCACAGUCUUCUGGUUUUCCACAUCUAUUGCUGCCCAUAAUAUGGCAGCAAUGUCUAGUUGGUGACCGUACUAAGAGCUGGCCAGAAAAAAAUCCUGGCAUACACAAAGCUAUAAAUAAAUAUAUUCUGUAGGGGUAAAAAUCAAACCCUCCUCCUGCCUGGCAAUCACUCUAUUUCCACUAGGGGACCCCAUUAGCUCCUGAUCUGGUGGACACUGUCUUUACAAGCCGAAGAUCCGGGUUCAUAGGUCAUGCCUGCUCACCACCUAAAUUACAGCUGGACUGCCCUCCCCAAUCCAACCUCUUGAGGCUUUGACAAGGCUCAGUGUGUCCUACACUCUGGGUGUGCUCUGUCAUUUCCUUCAUGAUGGCAGCAAGUUCUCUGCUCCAUCCUGUUCCUCUUUCUGGGGGAGGCUAGAGGCUCCCCAAAACACCUCCUCUGGUGCUAGGCAGGAGGACAGCAGAGAGCCCUGCUCCUACAGGGCUCCUCCUGCCAGGAGAGGUCACCACCAGGUGCAGCACAAGCUUCCUACAACUUCAGGCUCCCGAGGCACCCUCAGCUGGAGGAAUUUCGACCAGGAAUAGCACUGAGAGCCCUUUGCAAAGCAUUAAUUUGCAAGCAUGGUGUUGUAUAUUUGUUUCAUAUGGUGCAUAUUAUUUAUAUAAAUAAAGGUCUUACAAACAAGCA